AUUUCCGAGAAUGUCCAUCCUUCCUUGCGAUUGAACUUCUUCUCUUUUCGCUCUCAUAAAUCAUCUCGCCUUCUCCGUUUUUCCUCAAUGGGAAGAGAGAUGUCGAUCUCAACCAACGGUCACACAUCGGAGAGAAAAUCUUUAUCUGAGCUUGCUCCACUUGAAGCAGUACUGUUUGAUAUUGAUGGCACACUGUGCGAUUCAGAUCCUAUUCAUUUCCAUGCCUUUCGUGAAUUGCUUCUUGAGGUAGGCUACAAUAAUGGGGUUCCCAUCACAGAGGAUGACUUUGUUGAGAAGAUCAGUGGCAAGCACAACGAUGAUAUUGGGAAAACCUUAUUUCCAGAUUGGGACCCCGACAAAGCCGCAAAGUUCUUGGAUGACAAGGAAGCAAUGUUUCGAAGUCUUGUUCCACAGUGGUUAAAGGCUGUAAGUGGACUUCAUAAAUUAUGUAAAUGGGUCAAAGAUCGCGGAUUGAAACGCGCAGCAGUGACUAAUGCUCCAAGACCUAAUGCUGAACUUAUGAUCUCGAUUCUUGGACUUACAGACUUCUUUCAUGUUCUAGUUGUUGGAAGUGAGUGUGAGAGGGCCAAACCAUUCCCAGAUCCUUAUUUGAGAGCUCUUAAGGAGCUCAAUGCAUCGCCUGAACACACAGUUAUCUUUGAGGAUUCAGUGUCAGGGAUUGAAGCUGGUGUGGCUGCUGGGAUGCCUGUGGUUGGUUUGACUACAAGAAAUCCAGAGAAGUUGCUGAUGGAUGCUGGAGCAUCGUUGCUCAUUAAAGAUUAUGAAAACCCAAAGCUUUGGGCAGCAUUGGAGGAGAUUGAGAAAUCCCCUUAAAAGGAAUGAACGCUUUGCUCACCUGAAUUAGCUCAAAAUAGAAGAUAAAUAAGAAGCAUUUGGCUUUUACAUGAAAAAACAAUAUAUGCUAAGAGAUUAAGCCAUUUUAUUACUA